AUGGCGUCCCAGUCAACCGCACCAAACCGCACCUCGCCACCCGGCGAGGAGCAGGCAACCGCUACAGCUCCGGCUACAGCCAUCGCUAUAGGCCCCCUUACAGCCCCAGCAACACCAGCAGCCGCUGUCAACCCUAUGGCCUUCACCCCCGUGGGCCGCCCAUCCACCCCCCCAUCCCAAACCCUGCCCACCACCCUACCAACACCAUCCGCCCCGGCCUGUCGCAGGUACAGACUCCCCCAAACCCUCCUGGGCCACCCUUACCCAGCCCCCGAAACCCUCACCCAGAUCCUCCCCCAAGCCCUCACCCAAACCUUCACCCAAGCUCCCACCCAGACCCCCGGAGCCCCAUCAUCAUCAUCAUCAUCAUCAUCAUCAUCAUCAUCAUCAUCAUCAUCAAAGCCACCACCCACCCGCCGCGCGCGAAGACACCGACCCCUCCUCCUCCCCGCACCCCCACCUAGACCGCCACGACCGCCACGACCGCCACGACCCCCGCGAACCCCCCGAACCCCACGAUCCCCAGAGCCAACCGACCCCGAAAUCCUCGCUCUCUCGCCCGAGAUCCGCACCCUCCCCGCCAAAUGCCCCUCCGGCAAGGGCCCCGACGCCGGCAGCCCGAUCAGCUGCCUCUACAAGGACCCCGGGCGGUACAUCUGCAUGUCGCCGCUGGGCUGGGCCCGCCCCCACUGCCAGCGGGUGUUUUUGUCGCUGGUCUACCUCCGGCGGCAUCACCGGGUGAUGCACGGGCCCAAGACGCAGACCUGCGGGCGGUGCGGGCAGCAUUUCUACGGGAAGUUCUCCUGGGACCUGCAUCUUGUCCGGGUGCAUGGGAUUUCUUUGGGGGGGCCGGGGAUUGGAGAUCUGAAGGAGGAUGGGGAAGGGGUAAAGGUAGAGGUUGAGGACCCGGUCAUCAAAGUGGAGGAGGUGGAGGAGGAGGAGAUGGGGCUGGAUGGGGUGAGGAUGGUGGUUGAAGAACCUGAACCAGAGAUCAAAGUGGAGGAGUUGGAGGAGGUGGGGGAGGUAGAGCUUCAAGGUGUGCAGAAAGAGGAAGAAGAUGUGGACACUAACAGGGUCCAGAUUGAGGAACCAGAGAUCAAAGAGAUGGAGCUCGAGGAGGGAGAGAUCCUGGAAGAAGAGAUGGAUCUUGAAGAAGAUGGGGUUGUGAUCACGGCUGAGCAUGACGCGGCCCCGACUCCAAGGUUUUAUAACCCGAUCUACGGAUUUUAUCGCCCGACGUUCAGUGAGGAGACGCUGGACAAGGCCGAGGGUAAAGAGAUCCAGCCGGCUUGGCCUUAG